UUAAUGUUUAAGAAAAGAAAGCGAACGUAGAAUAGAAUGAGUUAAAGGGAAGGAACGUAAAUGAGAGUUAAAGCGAACGUUGAUUGAAACAACACACACGAUUGAUGAUGAUAGCUUGACUUCCCUCCCUCCAUCCUUCGUUGUUGACGUAAUUGAUACUCAAAGCCUAACUCUGUGAUUUUCCUUAUCACUUCUUAAAUCACCACCAUUGCGUGCGCAGUUCACAAAUUCAAUCAUGGCGAUGACUCAAUUCAUCUCAAUCUUCUUUCUAAUUCUACACCUUCCACUCUUCACUCUCUCUAUCAAUCCCAACAACCUCUUAUUCUUCCCUAAUACUCGUAACGCUUCUCGUCCUGCUAUGAUUCUCCCUCUUCAUCUUUCUCCACCCGAUUCUUCCAUCUCAUCGUUCAAUCCUCGCCGUCAACUCCAAAGAUCCGAAUCCAAACGCCAUCCUAACGCUCGUAUGCGACUCUACGACGAUCUUCUUAUCAACGGGUAUUAUACUACGCGGCUUUGGAUCGGUACUCCUCCGCAGAGAUUUGCUCUUAUUGUUGAUACCGGGAGUACUGUUACUUAUGUUCCUUGUUCUACUUGUGAACACUGUGGUAGACACCAGGAUCCGAAGUUCCAGCCUGACUUGUCGGAAACUUAUCAACCUGUAAAAUGCACGCCAGAUUGCAACUGUGAUGGUGACACGAACCAGUGCAUGUAUGAUAGACAGUAUGCUGAAAUGAGUAGUAGCAGUGGAGUCCUUGGUGAGGAUGUUGUGUCCUUUGGAAAUCUGAGUGAGCUUGCCCCUCAACGUGCUGUCUUUGGCUGUGAAAACGAUGAGACGGGUGAUCUCUAUAGUCAGCGCGCUGAUGGCAUCAUGGGUUUGGGUCGUGGAGAUCUAAGUAUCAUGGAUCAGUUGGUUGAUAAAAAGGUAAUAAGCGAUUCUUUCUCGUUAUGCUAUGGUGGAAUGGAUGUUGGUGGCGGUGCUAUGAUUCUUGGCGGAAUAUCUCCCCCUGAAGACAUGGUAUUUACUCAUUCAGAUCCUGAUAGAAGUCCAUAUUACAAUAUCAAUUUGAAGGAGAUGCAUGUUGCGGGGAAGAAACUGCAGCUAAACCCAAAGGUUUUUGAUGGGAAGCAUGGAACUGUCUUGGAUAGCGGCACCACUUAUGCAUACCUACCAGAAACUGCAUUUCUUGCUUUUAAACGUGCUAUUAUGAAGGAACGCAACUCUUUGAAACAAAUUAAUGGUCCUGAUCCAAAUUAUAAAGAUAUAUGUUUUACUGGUGCUGGGAUUGAUGUCUCUCAACUUGCUAAAAGCUUUCCAGUGGUUGACAUGGUGUUUGAAAAUGGUCACAAGUUGUCACUGUCUCCAGAAAAUUACUUGUUUCGGCAUUCAAAAGUACGGGGUGCAUAUUGUCUGGGCGUUUUCUCAAAUGGAAGGGAUCCAACUACUCUUUUAGGAGGUAUCUUUGUCCGUAACACUCUUGUUAUGUAUGAUCGUGAGAAUUCAAAAAUUGGUUUCUGGAAAACAAAUUGUUCUGAGUUAUGGGAAACGCUACACACCUCUGAUGCCCCAUCACCAUUGCCUUCAAAUUCAGAAGUAACAAAUUUAACUAAAGCAUUUGCGCCUUCGGUUGCUCCAUCUGCGUCGCUAGAUAAUUUUCAUCAAGGUGAACUCCAAAUUGCUCAAAUAACAAUAGCCAUUUCAUUUAACACGAGCUACACGGAUAUGCAGCCUUACAUUACAAAGUUAGCUGGAUUCAUAGCUCAUGAGUUAGAUGUUAAUACAUCACAGGUUCGCUUAAUGAAUUUUUCUUCACUUGGAAAUGGGUCCCUCUCUAGAUGGGUCAUAACCCCAAGGCCAUAUGCUGAUUUCUUUUCUAACACCACUGCGAUGAGUAUGAUAUCCCGGCUUUCUGAACAUCACAUGCAACUCCCAGCCACAUUUGGAAGUUAUAAGUUGUUAAAUUGGAAUGCCGAGUCUUCAUCAAAACGGACUUGGUGGCAACAAUAUUAUUGGGUCGUGGCUUUAGCGGUUUUGCUUACAAUGCUUCUUGGAGGCUCUGCCUUGGGAAUAUUCUUAAUUUGGAAAAACAGACAGCAAGCUGAGCAUUCAUACAAGCCAGUUCAUGUAGCUGUUCCAGAGCAGGAGCUUCAACCAUUAUAAGCUACGUUCUGUACUGCUGCUGGUCAACGGCUUCCCUGAUUAGUGUGGCUAUUACGAGCAAUUUAUACAACCAUAGUUACUCUGUUCAAGAUUUUAAUUUCAAAAAAUUCAAGCUGUCUAUUUUGAUGUGUAAAAACCCUGUUAAGAUGUACAGUAAGGAUUUUUUUAAAAGGCAAAGUGGGCUUAUUUAAUUUCAUCAGCAACAAUAAGCGAAAAUUCAAUGGGGAAUAGAGUAAUAAUUGCAGGGGCUAGAAUCUAAUAUGGAUGCUCUAGCUGCGAUCUUAUUUGCUUGCCACUUGAUAAAACUACCUGUAAUCAAGCUAAUACAGUAAAAGUUAUUUACAAGUUGUAUCAUCUACAAAUGCAAUUUUGUUUGUGGUAUUUCAAUACAUGGGUGAAUGAAAAGGCGGAGGCACCAUUUCGUAUUA